AUGAGCUUCCACUUCACAGGCGCAGGCCGUACCAGGGCACCUGUCACCCUCGGCGGCACAUCAACGCUAUCCACAGAUCCUGCAGCUAGCGCAAGGGCACAGCGUCUGGAACGAGAACAGCAACGCCGCAAGCAAAUCGCCUCCGUUCGGAUCCAGUCACAGGCACGUCGCAUACAGCACUCCGCACAACAAAGAUCGCAGUGGCGUUUGCAGUCCCAACAACUCUUGGACCACAUCCAAGCUGGCCUCUCGAACCGCUCAACAGCCGUGUCAUUACCAGAUCUCGUCCUUGCCACCAGAGCCUUGCUCGUCAGCCUCGGACCCGCAACAAGGACGUUGGAUCAAGCGGAUGCCGACCUUUUCUCAAGCUGGAUCAGGAUCGUCUCUCAAUCACUCGAUGCAAUCCCACUUGUUUUCCUUCCGUUCAAGCAAGCGCAACACGACCCCAUCGCCGCAAGCUGGCCCUCGCUACUUCGCCUAGCUUGCAAGCACUCCCUUCGCUUCCUCUUGACAGCUGCUCAACUGCGGACUUCGGACGCAUCACAAGCAGCAUCGUCUUCCACUCCAUUGGAGACCGACACCCUCGCGUUCCUUGGCCUAAUCACCGGUGUGGAUUCCAACUCCCUCGCCACCACUCUCUUGCUCGAUGGAAGCAGCGGAACACUGGCGUCUUUCUUCCUCUCCCUUCUCCUCGAUCUCGGUCUGCACCGCGCUCUCCGCGCUCACAUUCUCUCUUUCUCGAUCCAGUCAAAGUCAACUGCAUCGUCUCUGACGUCCGCCGUCUCGCUGUCACUAGCGCCCAUCCAGAUCCUCAAGCCCUCGGUAGCUGCCUCCUCCAAGCUGGUCAAGGCCCCGCAAGGUGGAUCACUGCACGAUGCCAUCUCAGUGGAUGACGACCUCCCCGGACCUCGCUCUUCCGCAACCCGACCGAGCCCGGUGCAUUCUUUUGCGGUCGACUUUAUGACAAUACCCGCACUCCGCAAACGCCUGCCGCUCAAAUCCGUCACUGAGCUCGCCAAGGAGCUGCCGUUCACCGACCUGCUGGACUGGAUCUGCUCUUUCAAGCCGAGUCAUGUUCAGGAUUCACAAGGGAGCGUAAGUGGGCCUUCUAAAGCCCUCUCAGGUGGGGCAGCGAAUGCUCUCUCGCAGCCAUACUUGCUCUCAAAUUUGAUGGCUUUCGGCUCUCACCGUGUCUCCUUCUUCAAGGACGGUGCAUCUCUGGCAAGGUACCUGCAAGCUUUGACUAAUGCUCAAGACUGGCUUCCAGGCUCGGUCUUUGAGCCGCCCGGUCAAGCGAGAACGUUGGCAGUCAACGGCUUCGGGAGCAAAGCCUUACGGAAUGGCGCCGAUCUACCGGCAACAUCAGCAGAGAUCACCGAGACCUACGAGAGACUGCGCAUCCUCAUCUCUGAUGACCACCUCACUACCAUCCUCGCCAUCUCGAACCGCUUCCCGACCUCCUCUCGCGGACCACUCUUCGCCUUCAUCUGCUCGACACUUUCCGCGUGGCCUACCGACAUGCAAGAUCACGUCCUCAACCGUCUUCUGUACUCCGCUUCCGAGUCGAAAGUUGCUCAGAGCGCCAAGCAGGCACGACCCACCGGACCUACAGGUACUGGCCUGAUCCGAGAGUUCUGGCGUGGUUACGUGCGAGGCAGCUCCCUCGCUCGCAAUCUCGCUUCAGCGCACGACAACACCAAGGCGCGCGAGGUCUUGACCUCGCUCUCCAGUUUCAACACUCGCCAAGAUUGGCCGGCUCUAGUCAUUGUCCUAGAGAUGCUCUCCAAGGUUCUGCUCACACUCGGAGAUGACGAGUUCUUCUCCAGCGUCGACUCAGACUUUGUUGUCGGUGGCGGUGGCGCUGCUCGGGCAAAUGCAGGAUGGCUCUCUCGCGACGAGAUUCUCAGCAUCAGCGGUCUUCUGCGCAACGUCGCCUUCGCAAUGUACUGGUACGAGGGCAAAGCUCCUCUCGUCAACCUGGACGGCAGCGACUCCCACGAUAGCCAGGUGCCGCGUGUUCCGGGCAUGCGUAUGACGCUCUUAUCGCUGCGGUCCCUCGUGACGACAUUGCUCAAGCAGCUUCACUCGCGAGACUCGAGGCACCGGUUUGCGCCCGCCGACCACUGGCUCAUGGUCAGCCAUCUCGAUCUGAACGAUUUCAUGCGCACUGUCGUUCUCGAAGAGGAGCAGCUCAGCAGCGAGCAGCAACAGCAGGACGAGUCCGCUUCGUCGCAGCCUCAGACUUCUACACAGAGCGAGAGCAUGGACGUUGACGAUGAGAACGAUGACGACGACCAAGCGGACGACGACGACGCUCGACAAUCGCAGCAGCCGCUGGCUCGCCUGCAGCAAUUGCGAGCGCAGGGAGGUACUCGCAGCCGUCACCUCACGGCACUCAAUCUUGCCUUCCUUUCGCCUCGUCUCGGCAUCCUCAACAACGUACCCUUCAUGAUUCCCUUCGACGUGCGAGUGCAGAUCUUCCGCCAAUUCGUCAACAUCGAUGCGGUCAAGAACGGCAUCUACGUCAACCGAUACCAGCGACGAAGAGCCGUCAACAUUCGACGAGAUCACGUCGCCCAGGAUGGGUUUGCCAGCCUGGCUCCUCUCGGUGCUGACCUCAAGAAGCCGCUCGAGAUUGUCUUCAUCGACAAGUUCGGUCAGCCGGAAGCAGGCAUUGACGGCGGCGGUCUGUUCAAGGAGUUCCUCACGUCGCUGGUGCGAGAGGCGUUCGACACCAACCGUGGUCUGUGGAAGGCGACCGACGCGCAAGAGCUGUACCCCAACCCACACACCUAUGCCACUUCGGGCGAGCAGCUCGAGUGGUACGAGUUCUUGGGCCGUGUCAUCGGCAAAGCGCUGUAUGAAGGUAUCUUGAUCGACGCCAAAUUCGCCGGCUUCUUCCUGUCCAAAGCUCUGGGCAAGCAGUCCUUCCUCGACGAUCUCGGCUCGAUUGAUACCCUCGACAAAGAGCUUUACAAAGGCCUGAUCUCGCUCAAGAACUAUCAGGGCAACGUCGAGGACCUUUCGCUCAACUUCACCGUUACCGACGAAGAGUUCGGCGUCAGCAUGACCCGCGAGCUCGUCCCCGGCGGCGCCAACGUGGCUGUCACCAACUUGAAUCGGAUGGAGUACAUCUACCGCAUCUCGCACUAUCGUCUUUCGACGCAGAUCCAGCACCAGUGCAAUGCGUUCUUUAACGGCCUGGCGGACAUCAUCAACCCGCGCUGGUUGCGCAAUUUCAAUCGCGAGGAGCUGUCCGUGCUGAUCUCGGGCACCGAGGAGCCGGUCGACAUUGCCGACCUGCGCAAGCACACCGUGCUCGGAGGGUAUCACGAACAGGAUCUCACAGUGCAGCACUUUUGGAACGUGCUGGAAGGGUUCGAUCAGCCGAUGCGCAAGGCGUUUCUCAAGUUUGUCACCAGCUCGCCCAAUCCUCCCUUACUCGGAUUCAGCCAACUCAAUCCGCUCUUCGCCAUCAGAAAGGCAGGCGAGGACAAGAGCAGGCUGCCCACAGCAAGCACGUGCGUCAACAUGCUCAAGCUGCCCGACUACUCGGACGAGCAGACGUGCAGGGAGAAGCUGAGGUACGCUAUUCAGAGCGAGGCUGGGUUCGAUCUAUCGUAG